ACAUAAAGAACACGAGACAAGAGGAGGGAUCAGUGACAGUGCAGCAGCAGCCUCCUCCUUCCUCUGUGAGAAGAGAGAAAAUGGAGAAAGCUCUUACAAAGGUUGGGAGUCUGAAAGUUGGGAAUUACUGGAUCGCCAAGAAAGCCAAAGAAGAGAUCUCCAACAUUGGUGAAGACAUCUCUACCUUCUCGAAUACAGUUGAGGAGAAAGCAAAAUGGUUAUUCAACAAGCUAAAAGGGAAACCACCGAAAGCCUUGCCAGAUCUUCUCAAAGAACACAACCUACCACCAGGCCUCUUCCCUAAGAACAUAACAUGUUAUGAAUUCGAUGAAAUAAAGGGAAAACUGGUUGUUCAUUUAUCCUCCGCUUGUGAAGUACUCUUCAAGGAUUCAUCUCUGAUGAGGUAUGCUACUCGUGUCAAGGCAACACUGUCCAGGGGAAAACUUACAGGGAUUGAAGGAAUGAAAACGAAAGUCCUGGUAUGGGUUAAGGUCACAAGUGUGACUGUUGAAAGUUACAAGUCUGACAAGGUAAUGAUCAUGGCCGGGGUAAAGAAACAAAAAGCUAGAGAUAUAUAUGAAAUGCCUCGUGAUUCUGUCAAGGUUGAAGAGUUUUGAGGAAUUUAUUCAGUCAGAUAAGCUGUUGUUGUCAUGCAUCGUGCAGUCAGGACUUAAUCCGUAUACAGGAGAGUUAGAUGUCUUAUCUUACAUACUUGAGAGAAGGGAGAAGAAAUACUAGUUCAAUGAUGAAAGUUCCUAAACAGUUAGGUUCGAAGUAGACUAAGAUUGUAUUUUUAAUAUGACCAAAAGACUCAAUGUUCCACUUACUAAGAUCCUUUUUAAGAUUUUUCAGUGCAAUAAAACUUGGUGAACCAUUAACUCUA